AUGGAGAGCAUCAGUUUUAAUUAUAAUUUCAAUCAAAAUGAUUUUGGUAAGGAAGAUUAUGGUGGUGAAGAAGUUCACGACGUUUUUAUUAAAAAGCAUGCUUAUCAAACCGGUACAGGAUUCGGAAAUUUCAAUUUCCCAUCGUUUGGACGUCAAUCAUCAUCCAGCUCUGCUGCUAGUAGUUUCAGUUCGAGUAGUUCAGGCACUGGUUAUGGAUUCAAUAAUCCAUCUCAAGCGGCAUCAUAUUCGAGCAGUUCGAGUUGGAGUUCGAGUUCGGCAAAUGGCCAACCGCCUCCAUUGGCACCAUUUGAUCAAUCUGGUUAUGGUCAAUCAGGAUACGCAACGACCGCUGUUCCAUUGGCCAGAGUCAGUGAGAAAAUCUGUCAAAAUAUAACGCCGUCCAUAGCGAAGGCAUCCACAAAGUGUUCGAUUGUUAGAAAAACUUGUAUCGUUCAAUGUUUGGACAACUAUCAAUUGUCGAAUGGCGAAUCAACAGGCAAAUUGUACUGUAACAACGGUGAAUGGGCCUUGGAAAAUCUCAAUUUGGCUGAUAAUCUUGCUUGCAAACCACGUAGAUACCAACCUACAUCGAUACCAUUCAAUCAAUAUGGUUAUGGCCACUCAGGAUAUCAAUCAACUGCCGUUCCAUCUGGCUAUGGCCACUCAGGAUAUCAACAGACUGCCAUUCCGUUGGUUGAAGCCGUCGAGAAAGUGUGCACAAAUAAACCGAAGACCAUACUGAAUGCAUCCACAAAGUGUUCGCUCGUUACGAAAACUUGCGUCGUUCAAUGUUUGAACAACUAUCAAUUACCGAAUGGUGAAACGAAAGCCAAAGUCUACUGUAACGACGGCAAAUGGGCCAUAGAAAAUCUUGAAUGGACUGAUAAACUUGCUUGCGAACCCAUCUGUAUGCCUCCUUGUAAAAAUAAUGGCAUUUGCAUUGAGCCUGGAACUUGUUCAUGCGCCGAAAAUUUUGUCGGACCAUAUUGUGAACACGAGAAGAAGUUGUGUUUGACAAAACCGGUCGUUCCACAUAAUUCAAGAUUGGUUUGCAGCUCAACGAGUUGCACAAUUACUUGCGCUAAGGGUUAUACAUUCCCCGAUGGAACAUCAAUUACGAAUAUGAUUUGCAAAGACGGCGAAUGGGCACCAUCGCGAUCGGAUCAAAGCUUCAUUCCAGAUUGUCAACCCACGUGUACACCACCGUGUUUAAACGGUGGGAAGUGUUUGUCGUACAACGUUUGUCAAUGUGCCAAAGAGUUCCGCGGUAAACAAUGUCAGUUCAAUGUUGAUGUAUGCGCUCCAAAGAAGAUUGAUUUUAACGGUGCGUACAGUUGCUCGGGCGAUAAUAAUGCACUUCGUUGUAAGCUGUCAUGUCCGGAAGGUGUUGCAUUCUCCAGCCCACCAGCCGCUGAAUAUGUUUGCGAAUAUGAAAAGGGAUACUUCAUGCCGUCAACCGUUCCGCGAUGCAAUUACAGUGCUGACAUGGAAAUAGUUCGUGGCAAUGAACUGUCUCAAUCGUUUGCAACGUUAAAUCGAACAACAAUCAUAGGUGGCAGUGUUAGUGGGGGAACGCGACGAGUGAAAAAGAUCCGUAAGAAGGGCCAUAAGAGUUUCGAGGUGGAAGAUGAAGGCGAAGAUAGUGGUAGCUAUGAGAAAAUAAUCAAAACGAAGACGAUAAUCGUGAAAAAAGGGCGAAAAACGAAGAAAGGCAAAGAAGCUUAUGGAGACGAUGAAUACGAGUACGAAUACGAAGAUGAAGACGGUGGAAGCGAAGGAUUCAACGGAAUGCCAGCAAUUGGUGUUUAUUCGCUGUACAUAUCAAGUGGAUUGACGGUAAAACAUCGUGUGCCAAAACCAGCCACCUGCACUACAUGGAAUGGCAACAAAGUGAAAACAUUCGACGGAUUGAUAUACACUCACAGUUUGCGCUGUUCACACACGUUGAUCCAAGAUAAAAUCGAUGGUACAUUCGGCAUUGUGCUGAGAGCCUGUUCGAACACACAUCAACAAUCCUGUCCACAUGCUCUCGAAAUAAUGAUGUCGAAUACGAAAUACAUUUUGGAAAGCAUUAACGGUUCGGUAAUUCUGUUCAAAGAAGACAGAGAAAUGGCGAUUCCAAUGCAAAUAAUGGGUCUUCGCAUCACCAAAGUUGGCCUCACAUACAAAAUCAACUUGGAACUAAUUGGAUUGACCAUCAAUUGGGACGCACAACGACUGAUUAACAUUGAAACUACAGCCGCAUUAUUCAAUCGUACAGUUGGUCUAUGCGGCACUCUGGAUCAAGACCCCAUGAAUGAUUUUACUUCCAAGGAUGGAUCCGUUCACAAAACCACCGCGACAUUUGUUGAUGCUUGGCAAACACCAAACUCAGUCUGCGAGAAUGAAGUCGCUAACGAUCAAGAAAUUGAACUUACCUGCUCCGAUGAUAUUAAAACAGCAGCUAAGGAAAUUUGCAACAAAUUGCUGACCAAUGAAAAAUUCAACGAUUGCUUGGCGAGCUUGAAAAAAGAGGCGAUUUUGGAAGCAUGCAUUUCAGACUAUUGCUAUUGCAAAUAUGAAAAUCGCAACGAGUGUGCAUGCAAUGGGCUCACUGUAUUUGCCAAAGAAUGUCUUUUCCAAGGCAUUAAUUUGAAGGCAGACUGGCGAGAUAUGGAGUUAUGUCCAUUAUCUUGUGACAAUGGUCGAGUGUAUAAGGCAUGUGCUCCGAUGUAUGAAAAAUCUUGCGGAGGUGCGGUUGAGAAUGAAAUAUCAACAGCAGUUUGUAACGAAGGAUGUUUCUGUCCCGAUGGAACGAUCCAGCAUGAUGGAAAAUGUAUUCGUGUUGAAGAAUGUCCUUGUACGUUGCGUGGCAAGACGUUCAAAGCGGGCAAAGAGAUUAAAAAGGAUUGUAACACAUGUAAAUGUGAAAAAGGGGUAUGGAAAUGUUCAGAUUUAUCAUGCGGAGCGCGUUGUGGGGCCAUAGGAGAUCCACACUACCAAACAUUUGACGGGAAACAUUUUGAUUUCAUGGGCAAGUGCUCAUACUAUCUGUUAAAAACGAACGAUGACCUGGAGAUAGCUGCUGAAAAUGUUGCUUGUCCGGGUAGUAUAUCGGAGUCGAUGAACUUCGGUCCGGUAGGUGUUGAUAUGCCAUCGUGUACAAAAUCCAUAUCCAUCAAGGUGAAGCAUGAAAAUCAAACGGCUACGAUACUGCUGAAGCAAGGUCGAUUAAUUCAAAUCGAUGGUAUUGAAAUUACGAAAGUUCCAUUAAAGAUUUUCGAGGGGUUCAUGCGAAUCCGAUUUGCCAGUUCGACAAUGUUAUUGGUAGCAUUCCGUGAUGGAUUGAAGUUGUGGUGGGAUGGAAUGACUCGCGUGUAUAUCGAUGCUCCGCCAUCGUAUCGUGGUAAAACAAAAGGUCUUUGCGGUACGUUUGAUGCGAAUCAACAAAAUGAUUUCCUCACACCGGAAGGUGAUAUUGAAUCGUCAGUCGCCUCAUUUGCAAACAAAUGGCGUACAACGGAAAGUUGUGAUUUUGUUAAUGACGAUGUGAAUAUUCCGCAUCCGUGUCAAUCAAAUAUGGAGAAUAAGCAAAGAGCGCUGGAAGUUUGUGCCAAGUUGAAGAGUAAAGUAUUCGAAGAAUGCCAUUGGUACGUCGAUCCUGAACUCUACUACGAAGAUUGUAUGUACGAUAUGUGCGCUUGCAAAGGUGAUACGGCAUCAUGUAUGUGCUCAAUUUUCUCGGCCUACGCCAACGAGUGCAGUCAACAGGGUAGCAUCAUUCACUGGAGGCACUCCAUUCAAGAAUGCGCAAUUAAAUGCCCUGCCGGUCAAGUUUACGAAGAAUGCUCGGAUCGGUGUUAUCGCAGCUGUGCCGAUAUGGAAUCAAUACCGAAAACUUGUCGCACAAAAUGUGUUGAAGGAUGUCGAUGCCCUGAAGGACAAGCGCUCGAUGAAAACAACGAAUGCAUUCCAAUUACAAUGUGCCCGUGCGCCUAUAAGGGACUCACUUUCAAUGCUGGAUACAAAGAAGUUCGACCGGGAACAAAACAUUUGGAUUUAUGCACUUGUGCCGGAGCUGAAUGGCAAUGCACGGAAGCGAGUGAUAGCGACAAAGACAGAUAUCCACCAGCCGCUGACAUUCGAAACCAAUGUUUGCUCGACAAAAAUGAAGAGUUCACAACGUGUCAACCGACUGAACCAAAAACGUGUAAAAAUAUGAAUGGUUACGUGGCAAAAACAUCUAUCGAAUGUCGACCGGGUUGUGUUUGCAAAAAAGGAUACGUUUUAGAUGUUGCGUUGAAUAAAUGCGUUUUACCGGUGAAUUGUUCAUGUCACCAUGGAAGCAAAAGCUAUAGUGAUGGAGAUAAAAUCAAAAGUGAUUGUAAUAUUUGUGUUUGUGAAAGCGGUAAUUGGGUUUGCACCGAUCGAAUUUGCCCAGCCACAUGCACAACUUACGGCGAUUCACAUUUCACAACGUACGAUGGAAAGGACUUUGAUUUCCAAGGCGCUUGCAGUUAUGUGCUGUCAAAGGGUGUCAUUGAUUCCGGCGAAGGAUUCACCGUUACCAUUCAAAAUGUAUUAUGUGGGUCACAAGGCGUCACUUGCUCCAAAUCUGUUACUAUUGCUCUGUCGGGCAAUCAACCCGAAUCGGUAACACUGAAUUCCGAUGCAACUGUGCCCGGUUCAUUGUUGAGCAGACGCGAAACAAACGAAAUGGUUCACAAAGGAAAGAAAAAAAUCAUGAAAAUUCAUCGUGCUGGCGUUUUUGUUGUUGUCGAAGUGCCGGGAUUAGGAGUUCAAUUGAAAUGGGACCGUGGAACACGAAUUUAUGUUCAAUUGACUAGCAGAUGGAAGGGACGUGUAUUGGGCUUGUGCGGAAAUUUUGACGGUGAUGCUGUCAACGAUUUUCAAUCACCAUCAACUGGAUUGGAAUCAAGCGCAAUCUUGUUUGGCAACUCGUGGAAACUUGAAGAAUUUUGCCCACAACCAGUCGAACAAAUCGACGCUUGUUCAGUUCAUCCGGAGAGGAAAAUUUGGGCAGAGAAAAAGUGUGGUGUGUUGAAAAGUUCAGUAUUUGCACAGUGCCAUUCUGAAGUUGAUGUGGAUAAAUUCAUGAAGAGAUGCAUAUUCGACUCUUGUGCUUGUGACCAAGGUGGCGAUUGUGAAUGUCUUUGUACAGCAAUUGCAGCUUACGCUCAUAUUUGCACGAUGAAAGGCGUGCCAAUCAGAUGGAGGACGCCCGAUUUUUGCCCAAUGCAAUGCGAUCCACAUUGUUCGGAAUACAAACCCUGCAUAUCUGCUUGUGGCGUUGAAACUUGUGAUAAUUUGCUCGAUCAAGGAAAAGACUGGAAACUUUGUGCAGAAGAUACUUGUGUUGAAGGUUGCCACAUCAAACCAUGUCCCGUUGGUCAAAUUUAUGCGAAUGAUUCAUAUGUCGACUGCGUUCCAAAAUCGAUUUGCAAGCCAGUAUGCUUGAGCCUGAAUGGUGUUGAUUAUUUCGAAGGCGAUAUAAUCAAGAGUGAUAACUGUCAAACGUGUCGCUGUAGCAAGGGCAAGGAAGUGUGUAUUGGUAUGCCAUGCACUGCAACAUCAAUUUUACCAUUCCAUGUGCCAGUUGUCACCAUGAAUCAGGACGCGUCGGCAACAUGUUUGUCCGGUUGGAGUGAGUGGAUCAAUCAAGAAAGAAUGAGCGUGGGUGAAAAGUCGAAAAAUCUCACCAAAUUCAAUGACAAUGAACCACUGCCGAACGCGUUUAUGUUGAAAAACUACAAAAAUUCCGCUUUUUGCGAUGCUGAUUACAUGUCGCAAAUAGAGUGUCGCAGCGUAGACUCGCAUUUGCAUCCAAAAGUGAUUGGCGAAGAUGCGGAAUGUUCAUUGGAAAAAGGAUUGGUUUGUGAAGGCGCUUGUCAUGAUUAUGAAAUUCGAGUGUUUUGCAACUGUAACGAUGAUGUUGAAAUAUUCACACUAGAUUCACCUGAUCACACAACACACCGCUAUACACAACCAAUUUAUCGAUCGAAAAUCAUCGAAAUGACCACCGCCACACCGUCCUUGAUUUAUGGAUCGAUAUGCAAUCCAGCCAUUCCGCAUGUGGAAAAACCCGGAAGUUGUCAUGAAUUCUAUCACUGUACGAUGAACACCUCGGGCGUUUGGAUGUUUGUGGAAAAGACUUGUGGCAAAGAUAUGAUGUUCAAUCCACAAGCAAUGGUUUGUGAUCACAUCGACAGUGUGAAACGCAUCAAACCCGAAUGCGGUCAAGUGCAACGUCAAGUUGAAAAGGUCACGGAAAUUAAAAAAGUGAUUGAAAAAACGAUCAUUAAGAAAAAGAAAACCAACAAAAUAAUUUAUGGUUCGAUUUGUGAUCCAGCUAUUCCGCAUGUUGAAAAACCGGGUAAUUGUCAUGAUUUCUAUCAUUGCACAAUGAACACAUCUGGCGUUUGGAUAUUUGUUGAGAAAACAUGCGGCAAAGAUAUGAUGUUCAAUCCACAAUCGAUGAUUUGUGAUCAUAUUGACAGUGUGAAGCGGAUUAAGCCUCAAUGCGGCGGCGAAUGGGAAAAUGAAAUCAUCGAAGAUAUUUCGGUUAUUACAAAAGAAAAACUCGAAAAGAGAUGUCCCGUUGGUCAGAUAUGGAGUGAAUGCGCGGUUCCAUGCGGAAGAGCUUGUCAUUUCUAUGACAAAUAUUUGCAACAGAGCGGAUUGUGCACGGGAAGCUGGAAUGCAUGCGAAAAAGGAUGUGUUCCAGAAGCUGCGGCCAUUGACUGUGGACCCGGCUACUAUUGGCGCGAUGAUAAACUUUGCGUGAAAAAGGCCGACUGUACCUGCCGAAGUGAUGAUGGAAAAGUUGUAAAGCCUGGAUCAAUUUACAAGGAGUCCGAUUGCAAAAUCUGUCAAUGCAUUGAUAACGUUUACGUUUGUGAUGUGCAAACUUGUCAACGCAAAGAAAAAACAAUCGAUAUAAUUGAAAAACCAAUCACGAGUCAAAUCAUUCAUGAUUCGGUUGUUGUAAAAGACACACAAAUUGUAAUCAACACAAUCACACCACCGGCUGAUUGUGCACCAGAAAAUUUGAUUCCUUUGGUGAAUGGCAAAAAUCCAAUUCCCGACAGUGCAUUCAAUGCGAGCAGCUAUUUGACAUCAUCAUUCAAGCCACAGUUUUCACGUCUCAAUUCAAAAUCUACGCCCGAAUCAAGUGGUAGUUGGUCUCCGGAAAUCAACGAUCAAAUGCAGUACUUACAAAUUGGAUUCGAGCAACCUGUCCCACUGUACGGAAUUAUUAUGCAAGGCAGUCCAAUCUUUGAUCAAUAUGUAACCAGUUUCAAGAUUUUGCAUAGCCACGAAGGCCGAGCAUUCCACUAUUUGGUCGAUGAGACGUCGAAACCGCAAAUUUUCAAUGGUCCAAUUGAUUCUCGCACGCCGGUGAAGUCGAUGUUUAAAAUUCCAAUCGAAGCAAAAGUGAUCCGAAUCUAUCCAUUGACCUGGCAUGGGUCGAUUGCGAUUCGAGCUGAGCUCCUCGGUUGUUCGCCAUACAAAGUGGUUGAAGAAGAAAACACGAUUCCACCUCAUCACGAGCAAAUCGAAGAGAAGCCAAUUUGUGAUGAUCCACUUGGUGUUGUUAGCGGAGCCUUACGACCAAAUCAAAUCAAAUUGAGUUCGCACAAGACGAGCGUUCCAGAACAAUACGCUAAAGAGUCAUUGAAAUUGUCGUCCAUAGUCGGUUGGCAACCGUACAUAGAUUCACCCAAUGAGUACGUUCUAUUCGAUUUCCUUCAAUUGCGCAAUAUAACUGGAGUAAGAACCAAAGGAGGCGAUCAUUGUUGGGUGUCAGUCUACAAUAUUCUUUACACGCAAGAUUUCGUUGUUUGGAAUAAGCUGUUGAAUACCGACGGAAGUGGUGAACAACUAUUCUUGGGCAAUUUCGACGGCAUAACAGAAAAAGCCAACUAUUUCCGAUUCCCAAUUAAAGCACGUGCAAUCAAAAUUAUUCCAACCAAAUGGCACGAUUGUAUUGAAAUGAAGAUUGAACCAGUUGGAUGCUUCGUUGCUUACGAAUAUCCAGCAGUUGAAGUGGAAACAACAACCAAAUUCGUCCCAAUUAACGUCCAGUGUAACAUUUGCCCGGGAGUCGAUAGUGCAUCGAGCGCGAUUGAAGGCGUUUGCAAGUGCAAAACGGAAGAAUUUUGGAAUGGAGUCGAAUGCGUUGCUCGAAGCAUGUGUCCGUGUAUCGUGCAUCACAUUACCUAUGGUGUUGGUGCUCAUUUUGAAUCGGACGAUUGUUCGCAAUGUACUUGUGUUUUGGGUGGUGUUACUCAGUGUAAAUCACAAGAGUGUAAACCAUGUGGAACGGGAUUGCGCCGUGUCAAAUCAACAGCAUGCCUCUGUCUUUGUGAACCAUGCCCAGCUGGCCAAAUUCUAUGCCAAACCAGCGGUGCUUGCAUUGCUGAAUCAGCUUGGUGUAAUGGCAUCCAGGAUUGUCCAGAUGAUGAAAUUAACUGUUCGUACAAACAGCAAUCACAGACUCAAAUCAUUGAAAAGGUGAAAGAAAAAACGACCAUUAUAAAAACAUGCCCAGAACCAAAAUGUCCACCUGGUUUUUAUGUUAAAGUUACGAAAUCGACAAAGAGCAAACCGUCAGCCAUGCUGAAUAGCGCUAACUUACCAUUAGCCAAUGAAGUCGAUGGAAUCUACAAGGAAUCAAGCGAAGAUAAUACCGAAAUACAUUCAAAACUGCCGCUGCCAGGCGAUGCAAAGAACAAGAAAAAGGAUGAAUUUGCGUGCGUUGAAUAUGAUUGCAUCCCAGAAAGAGCAAUCAGCAUCACAAAAACAGAACAACUUGUCUGUCCAGCUCCGAGCUGCCCGAGCGGCUAUGAGGUAGUUUUUGAACAAACACCAUUGGCAGCCGCCUGUUCGAAAUAUAAAUGCGAAUUAAUCCCAAAGAGAGAUGUCGUUUGCAAUAUCACCGGCCGAACAUUCAGCACUUUCGAUGCUGUCGAAUACAAAUACGACUUUUGCGAUCAUAUUCUGGCAAGAGAUCUAUCAUCGAAUAAUUCGACCAUUUCGAUUCAAAAGAAUUGUUCAACGGGUGGAUUCACAUGCCGAAAUCAGCUAACAAUCACCGACAAAUCGUGCAAUUUGGUUGUUAUUCUCUACACCGAUUCGAGAGUCAAGCUUGAUGACUACGAAUACACGAUUGAUCAGCUUGAAAAAUCCGUUUACAGUCAAAUGAAUUUGUUUACGAUAUCAAAAGUUGGCAAUUCCAUCCUGUAUGUAUCGCAUUUACAAGAGUUCUGGGUGCGUCUAGACGAGAAUGGUGAUGUAAAAGUGGGCAUUUCAUCAAAAUACAAAUCACUUGUGGAUGGUUUAUGUGGUUACUACAACGAGUAUCCAAAUGACGAUAAGCGUUUGCCAAAUGGUUCACAAGUAAUAUCGACUGUUGAUUUCGGUGAUGGUUGGUGGCGUGAUCCGACGUCCAAACUGAAAUGUGAAGCACAUGCCUGUUCACAGCAAGAUCAAGAUGUUGCCUGGGAAAUGUGCAAUAAAAUCAAAGACGGGGCAUUCGAAUCGUGUUCGCAUGCAAUCAAUGCUGAUCAUUUCAUCUCAAAAUGCCUGGAAACGGCAUGUGAAUGUCUCAAAUCCGGCAAGGGUGCACAAAAUUGUAAAUGUUCACUCUUGCAAAAUUAUGUAACCGAAUGCAUGGCAGCUGAUGGAAACAUUCAUUUUGAUACAUGGCGUUCGAAAUACGAUUGCAUUAUUGCAUGUCCAGCUCCGUUGGUGCAUCGUGACUGUUACCGUCGUCGUUGUGAACCAUCUUGCGAUACACUCAGCAAAGAAAAUUGUCCGUUCUUGCCCGGCACAUGCUUCUCCGGAUGUUAUUGCCCAGAAGGAACCGUUCGAAAGGGUGAAAAAUGUAUAACAGUCAAUGAGUGCAAAGAUUGCGUUUGCGAUGGAUUCGGUCGAUCACAGUACAUCACCUAUGAUCGCAAAAAUUUUACAUUCGAUGCAAAUUGCACAUAUUUGCUGUCGCGUGAUAUUCAAGUACCAAAUGCACACACAUUCCAGGUGUAUGUAUCGCUUGGUCCAUGUCCAACGUACAACCUCGAAUAUGACAUAGAUGUUCGAGGUAAUUUCGAUGAAGAACACAGUUGCACACAAUCGUUGCACAUUUUAUACGGCCAACACAUCAUUCACUUGCAACGAAGUGCACAGAGACCCGGUUCGUUAGAAUCAUUGGUCGACGGCAUUGCGGUGACGUCAUUGCCGCUUAAAAAAGAAUGGGUUUCAAUAACCGAAGAUAGAGGCAAAGGAGUUAACAUUGACUUGGUGAAAUCUUCGGUUGAAGUAAAUGCAAUUUUCGACGAUUUAUCGUUCUCGAUUAAAAUUCCAAGCGUAAAGUACAGCAGUAACGUUGAAGGUCUUUGUGGAAAUUGCAACGGUGACCCGACCGAUGAUCUCAAACCAAAUCCAAAACGGUUGGACAAAGUGAAAUCCAAUGAUUUGAAUGAAAUACUACAAACAUGGUUGGCCGAUGAACCGGCGUUGAAUUUGAAAGAGAAAUGUGUUAGUGAAACGAAAAUCAAUGAAGAAUGCGUUCCAUUGCCGCCAGACAGUGAUCCAUGUUUGCAACUGCUCGAUCAGACUGCAUUCGGUCAAUGCCAUUUGAUUGUUAACGCCUUGAAGUAUGUGUCAAUGUGUCAACUUGAUAUGUGCAAAACGGGACCCAACCAAAAAGGUGCGUGUUCUCAUUUGGCUGCUUAUGGUCGUGAAUGCUCUCGCAAUGGAAUUUGCGUCGAUGGGAAGAGAGGUGCAUGCGCCGAAAACUUUGAAUGUCCCGCAGACAUGGAGUACAAAGCGUGCAGCUGUCAUAAAACGUGCGAAAUGGUCAAAGGAAAAACAACGUCGGAAAAAACGAAGAUUUUGAAUGAAAAUUGCGCCGAACCAAUCGACGGUUGUUUCUGUAAACACGGAAAGAUUUUGAAUCAAAAUGGAAAAUGUGUCAGCGAAAGAGAGUGUUUGCCGUGUGAUGAUAACAAUCAUUUCGUUGGCGAUAAAUGGCAACCAGACAAAUGCACCGAAUGUGAAUGUACCGUCAGUGGCAAAGCCAAUUGCACUAACAAACAAUGCGCUGUCAGUGGAGCGGUUUGUCAAGUCGGUUUCAAGGAAGUAUUGAUCGAAGCUUCGGCAAAUGAUUGUUGUCCACAGUUUAAAUGCGUUCCUGAAACAAUUUCGGCUGUUUGUCUUGACAAACCUCAACCAAAAUGCGCUCCGGAUCAAUUCAUUAAAUUGAUCAUUGACAGCAGCAAUUGCACUUCGUACGUUUGUGAAUGUAAGCCAUUGAGUGAGUGCAAACCAGCUCAAAAUCGUCCACUUCGAUCGGGCGAAAAAUUGGUCAAAGAAACAACAGGAUGUUGUCCAAAAGAACUAAUAGUCUGUGAUAAAUCGACUUGCCCACCCAAACCAGUAAAAUGUGAUCAUCAAUUUUACGAAAUCGUUGAAAAGGAACAAACACACGCUGAUCCAUGUUGCGAAGAAUUCAUUUGUGCUCCACCCAAGAAUUUGUGCCUUUUCGAGCUAAACGGCAAAACAAUUGCAAAGAAAGUGGGCGAAAUUUGGCUAACCGAUAAACCAUGCAUCAAAAAGAAAUGCAUUUAUGGUGCUAAUGGACUGUCAACCGUUUCGGAAGAAAAAGAAAUAUGUCCGUUCAAAAAGUGUGCCAUCGGAUUUAAAUUGAAUGUACCACAAGGUAAUUGCUGCGGUGAGUGUGUUCAAGACAAAUGCGUACUUGCCAAUCAAACAUACGAAGUUGGCGCAACGUGGUUCAGCAAUGACAAUUGCACCACUUUCAAAUGCACUUUGCUUGGAAAUCAAAUGGUCGUGUCCAGUUCACAGUCAACAUGCCCCGAUGUCAGCGAUUGUCCGAUAGAGCAGAGGUAUUUAGAAGAUUGCUGCCAACGAUGCAAGAAACAAAUCGAAGAUAAGAAGCUCUGUCUUCCGAUUUCAUUGAGCGACUCACAAACGCUUGGUUUGGUCGAAGUGAAUGAUUCACAUGGCAAGUGUGUCAAUACUCAGCCCAUAAGAGGAUUCACCGAAUGUCAUGGCGCAUGUAAUUCAGGAACGAAAUACAAUCGACUCACGUUGAAACAAGAUAAAAAGUGCCUUUGUUGCUCAGUUGCAAACUACGAAGAACUCAAGGUUCCAGUGAAAUGCACCGAUGGAUCAAAACAAACCAUUCCCAUUUCUGUGCCAAAAACAUGCUCAUGUCAACCGUGCGAAGAAGAUGAAUCACAUAAACACAACGAUCAUUUACUCGAUUUUCUGCGAUCAACCGUCGUUUAUUAAGUAGAAAUUUACCUCACAAUGUGAAGUUCACAUUCAAAUGGAUCAUAUGAAUAAAUCAAUGAAAAGUAUUAUAAUAUAGAAUUUGAGUAUUACGAUAACAUGUUUUGGUGAACAGAAAACAAUUAAAGUCAUACUCAAUAUGAAGAUGA